GCAGCGCGGGCGGGAGUGUCCCUGCGUGGGGCUGGCGGCGCGGAGUUGAGGCUGUGAAGGAAUCCAGCCCGCCGGCCGAGCGGCCCUGCCGCGGCUCGCCCUCCUCUCGCCCUCCGCUCUGCAGGGGCCACCAGCGCCGCGCCCCGGCCCGGGACAGAGCGGCCGCGCUCGCACCGAGGGCUUAUACCCCUAGAAGGAAGAUGGCUGAACUCAACACCCAUGUGAAUGUCAAGGAGAAGAUCUAUGCAGUUCGAUCAGUUGUUCCGAACAAAAGCAAUAACGAAAUUGUCCUGGUGCUACAACAGUUUGAUUUCAACGUGGACAAAGCCGUGCAAGCCUUUGUGGAUGGCAGCGCAAUUCAAGUUCUGAAAGAAUGGAACAUGACGGGAAAAAAGAAGAACAAUAAGAGGAAAAGAAGCAAAUCCAAGCAGCAUCAAGGCAACAAGGAUGCUAAGGACAAGGUAGAGAGGCCGGAGGUAGGGCCCCUGCAGCCGCCGCAGGUACCGCUGAUGCAGAACGGCCACGUGAAUGGCUAUGAGAAGGAUGGCUCCUCCCCUGACUCCACCAGAGAAAAACUGGCCCUCCCACCACGUGAGAAAAAGAUCUCAAUACUGGAGGAACCACCAAGGGCUCUCCGCGGGGUCACAGAAGGCAACAGACUACUGCAGCAGAAAAUGUCCUUAGAUGGGAACCCCAAACCUAUUCAUGGACCAUCAGAGAGGUCAGAUGGUCUACAGUGGUCAGCUGGGCAGCCUUGUAACCCAAACAAACCCAAGGCAAAAACAUCUCCUGUUAAGUCCAAUGCCCCCGCAGCUCAUCUUGAAAUAAAGCCAGAUGAGCUGGCAAAGAAAAGAGGCCCAAAUAUUGAGAAAUCAGUGAAGGAUUUGCAGCGCUGCACCGUUUCUCUGACUAGAUACCGCGUCAUGAUCAAAGAGGAAGUGGACAGUUCUGUGAAGAAGAUCAAAGCAGCUUUCGCUGAACUACACAACUGCAUCAUUGACAAAGAAGUUUCACUGAUGGCAGAAAUGGAUAAAGUCAAAGAAGAAGCCAUGGAGAUCCUGACUGCCCGUCAGAAGAAAGCGGAAGAACUGAAGAGGCUGACUGAUCUAGCCAGUCAAAUGGCGGAGAUGCAGCUGGCUGAACUCAGAGCAGAAAUUAAGCACUUUGUCAGCGAGCGCAAAUAUGAUGAAGAGCUGGGGAAGGCUGCCCGCUUCUCCUGUGACAUCGAGGACCUGAAAGCUCAGAUCAUGAUCUGCGGAGAAAUCACGCAUCCAAAGAACAACUACUCCUCCAGAACCCCGUGCAGCAACCUGCUGCCUCUGCUCAACGCGCAUGCAGCCACUUCCGGGAAACAGGGGAACUUUGCCCGGAAACCAUCCAACCACCACAAGCCCUCCGAGGGGAAAGCGGCAAACCCCAAAAUGGUGAGCGGUCUUCCCAGCACUGCCGAUGCUUGUCACCAGACCAUGCCGGCUAACAAGCAGCAGAAUGGACCUUCUAGCCAAAGGCGAAGGUUUAAUCCACAGUAUCACAACCGGCUAAAUGGUCCAGCCAAGUCCCAGGGCGGUGGGAACGAAGCUGAGCCCAUGGUGAAGAGCAACAGCCGCCAUGAACACAGAAGACCGCCGCACAACGGCUUCCGUCCCAAAAACAAAGGCGGGGGCAAAACCCAGGAGGCCUCCUCCUCGGGGACCAAGGCCCCCGACGCCCCGACCCAUUCCGAAAAGCCCCGCCGACGGCAGCACGCGGCAGACAGCUCAGAAGCCAGGCCUUUCCGCGGUCAUGUGGGUAGGGGUUCACAGUGCAAUCUUUGCCCCACGAGAAUAGAAGUUUCCACAGAGGCCACGGUUCUCUCGGUCCCCGCUGUGACGUUGGUGGCCUGAGCUGGGAGAGAAAGGAUCAGGUUUUGGCCUGGUUUCGCUUCCCCGGCCUGAGGUGCUGACCCAAUUCGCUGCCAAAAGAGAGUCCAUCGGAAUAUACGAGCCCCGUAUGUCGGUGUCGUUCCCUCGCUCAAUCAUGUUUACUAAUCCCAAUAGUCUGCUCUAGCUUGCUUCGUGACUCCCAUGGCUCUGCUUGACCUGUUGUCGCUUCUCCUCAUCCAGACUUCGCAUCAUUUUAGCCAGGCAGUAUUUACCCGUUGUUAGGAAGAAAAAAAAAAAAAAAAAAAA